UAUGUAAAGUUUGGAAUAUGUAAAGAUGUAUUUCCAUAAUUGUGUUUAUUAUUUCAAGUUUAUCUCUUAAAACUCAACAGGCAUUCUAAGAGAUAUCAACUUAACAUUACCAAACCCCCCAAUUUCCCAGCUACGUCCAAAGCUUGUGCUCAGCAACAAGAUCUGAAUGGCUAAAUCAACCUCAAAACGCCAGAAACCAACAGUGAUGGACAGGAUCAGCAAUCUAUCAGACUCUCUCCUCUGCCAUAUCCUUUGGUUUCUAACAACCAAAGAGGCUGUUGUCACAAGCAUUUUGUCGAGCAGGUGGAAGACACUCUGGACUCUUGUGCCAAAGCUCGACUUUGAUAGCCACGAAUUUGAACGGAUAUCUUCUUCAGAUGAGGAGCAAAGUCAUAAUGAAGAUUACGGGAAUAAUAGGUACCGUUUUACGUUUACGCAUAUCGUGACCAGAGCGUGGGCUAUUCGAAAUCUCAAUAAUGCGAAUCCCAUCAAACACUUUCGCCUUCACUGGGAUUCUAAUGAUUUUGACCCAAUCCAUGCCGAAACAUGGGUCCGCGCCGCGCUUACGCCUGACUUGGAAGUGCUCGAUCUCCUCAGCGGUUUUUCCCAACCUUUCAACUUCUCGUCUACUUUGUUAAAUUAUGCUAAAUCAUUAGUAGUUUUGAAAUUAAAACGUAUCGAUGUUAAUCUGCCUUCUUCUUCUUCUUUCGGCUUCCCUAGUCUCAAGACUCUGCUUCUUCACAGUGUCUGGUAUACAAACGGCGACACUUUCUCUGAACUCCUCAGUUGCUGCCCGGUCCUCCAAAAUUUGUAUUUAGAAACCUAUAUCCCGAACUAUGAUAACAAUUUUAAAAUCAUUGUACCUACACUCGAAACAUUACAUUUAAGCUUAUACUCCACCUAUCUUCAAAGGGACUGCAGACUUGAGAUAAAUGCCCCAGCUCUCAAGUACCUUCAUUUCAGAGCUAAUAUUAAUGAAGACCAUCUGUUAAGAAACAAAUCCCUUCAUUUGGACCCAUAUUUCACUGAGGUAAAUAAAAUAAUAAAAAAAGCACCUUUAUUUAUUUUUUUAAUGUUCUAUUAUUAAAUGGCUAAACACUUUAAUAUUGUUGUGAUUAUUAUGUUGCUGUGCAGUGCCUUUGUUUUGCAACUGAAUUAGAUCUUCCCAUGUUUCAGAAUUUGGCUUUCUUAUACUUUAAAGCUGGUGCUUGUUUUUGGCAUGUGCUCCCACACUUGCUUCAUCGGGCUCCUAAUCUUGCAGUACUUGUCUUUGAGA